AUAAGCAUGUGCUGUUCGACUCUUCCAACAACUCGCCACCGAAGAUACUGCUCUAAUUGAUCUUUCUGCGUUCGCCGGCUUUCCUUGUGCUUGUAAAGUACUUGUUCAUCGAAAGUUUAUUUAUUCCGGACUCACUCAUGAUUAUCUCAGGGUUUCGCUCUCGACAUGGAUCUAGCAAAUUUGUGCCGAAAUCAUAUGUGGGGGAUAUCAAGUUCCAAUUGUCAUUUUUGACUUUGUUCCACUAUCUCGAUAUUAGAUUCAGAGUUUAGAGAGCCCACCGCGGUGGCCCUUCGUUCUUGUUUCGUAGAAAGAGGUACAAGAAUGUCCUUCGGUUCCAAUUCCGAUUUUCUCUGGGCAGUCUCAUAUGCGUGUGUCGGCUAUGUGGUGUACGUGUUUUUGGGCUCCUUGAUGUUCGGGCCGCGCAAAACUACAGAGAAAGCUGCAGACGCGGUUUUGAACGAUGACCAGGGAACAGGAAGCUUGCUCGCAAUUGCCUCGAGGAUUCUACCCGACAGCAUCUUCAGGAGAAUUGCUCCGCACGCAGUAUCUACUUUUGCGUCGCAAGUUAGUGCCGACGCAACAUUCUUAGAAGAAGACGGAACAUCGAACGGCGCAGAUAGUGACGAGGCAGCUCCCUCCACGACCAGCUCAUCGCGAAAUAGACAAGCUACGACGCUUCAGAAGUCCUCGCCGACGCCGAAAAGUAGGGGGGGUCAGAACUCGGACUGCAAACGCACGUCCAGUGUUCGCAAGCGAAAAGGGACGAAGAAGAGGACAGAGCAUCCAUCACCAGUUCGAGCAGGCGAAUUAGACGAGCCAGAGGAAGUCGAGGAUCAAGAGGGAGGACUGACUGGUGCUUCGGACACGAAGAUUGGAACAACAACACGAACUUGCUCAUCGAAAGGAGGAGCCAACAGCAUGGUGGCUGCCAUUUCGCAAGCGCUUUUCGGCUUGUCUUUUGGAAAAAAGACCGCUGAGAAGAAUGUUGCGGACAAGGCGGAGGCUAUUGUCGACGACGCGAAAAGCGGCGGUGUUGGUGUCGACGCUCCUGCAGGUGUCGAGCAUCUGCGAGCACGUAAGUCGCUGCGAGCCGCCUACAGAUACUAUAUCGUGGGCGGAUGUCUUUCGGGGUCGCAUCUCGUGUAUCUCGAGCGCAAUGUGCACGCUCUGCUUUACGGUUGCACCGGAGGAUUCUUGGGAGUCGGCGUGCUGUUCGAUCUCCUCUUUCUUUGGUACUACGUCCUCCGAUACAACAAAAAACACCUGCAUCCUCGCAGCCGACAGUCCCCGAGUGUCGUCCGUAACGCGAUUUGUGGCAUAGUGUUGACGGGUACUGAAAUUGGAUGAAAGCAGGAGUACCUGUUUGAGAAUCUUUUUAUAGAACACGGAGACGAUGUUGCUGCAAGUUUUUUUUUACGACAGGCUGAACGUUCUACUAACACCUUCUAGAUGGAUCAAUUAUUUUGCUUUUGCUGAUUUUCUUCCCGUGCAUACUACUAAACAGUUGUAACUUACGUGGUGCUAUUCGGCGGAAUUUUUUUGUUUUUGUUCUGGGCACCGUUUGCGUACGAGUGGAUGACGGGUACGCACCUGGAGGGAGGCUCCGCGGUGGAGGAUCCUUACCGAACCCUAGGCCUCAGCCGUGGCGCAGGCACUAGUGAAGUGAAGCAGGCUUUCCGUUCGCUCUCGAUGAAGUAUCACCCAGACAAAAAUCCGGAUUGUUCUGAAUGUGCCGAGAAAAUGGCCAGUGUAAACCGUGCACACGCUCUAGUAAAACAGCAAUUACGGCGGAACUCGCUCCUCGCAGCCUUUGCAAAAAAGGCGAGCAAGUCAACUGCAUCCUCCUCUUAUGAGGACGAAGAGGGAGAGCUCAGUACAACCGCGGACGAACCUGAGGCGGAAGAUGCGGAUGCAUCAUCGGGCGAGAUGAACAAGGACACCAGAAGUACAUCAGCUAGUAACCGGGACCACCAAGAAGGGGAGGAUGGCGCAAUCGAUCCAACGAGCAGUGUGAAUGAGACGUCGACGAAAGCGGGGAAUAGAAAGAGGAAAAAGAAGAAGAGAGCACCGACAGGAUGGGACCGAACGUCUGACGAUCCACCCUCCUUUUGGCAAAUGCUCGUGGAUGGUUACAACUACGAUGGCCCGCUCCUCAUUCGUUCAAACGACAGUAUCUCAAUACAAUUUGUUUCUUCAUCGAUGUUGAUGAUAGAAGGGGCUGGUAUGCUAGCCUGUGUUACACUUCUUCAUGGAAUGGAAUGGAUAGAAAUGUCUUCUUGUAGCCACACGACAGACUUUAUUUUGAUUUGCAGUGCAAACUUCCCAAUCUCUACAACUGCAGAUCCGUUCGUGAAGUACGGGAUGAAGCGCCCUUUCCUCGAGAGUUACCCGUACUGGCAAGCGUACGAGGAUAAAUGGUCGAGCCUCUACCAUGUGAAUAAGGAGUAUGUCGACGCUUUUAUGGGGUGGCUUGACGAACUAUCGGGUGGCAAGGUAACUGAGGCGACGCGAGAGGCGAUGAGAUCAGCGCAAGCUGGUUCUCGCUGAUGACCACUACGACAUGGAGAUGGAGCUGUGAAAAAUGCUGAACUUUUUACUUGAUUAUGACCAUUCUCUCAUGAGACACACGGAAGAGAAAUACUGAAGAAUAUCUGUAGCUUCAGAAUCUGAAAUUUAUUUUCAGGUAGGAAAAUCAGGUGCCUUCACUCCUAAGUAAAACCAAUCAUGACACGCCCCCUUAUACACGCAAGACUGCCCUCCUCGUCGUGGGUGAAUGCUGGUCAGUGUGGCAAAUUAGAUACACAUUUAAUGACAGUGUCAUCGAAACUAGAACAUACUUGUUGCUUUCCCAAAUUCAUCAACCAAAUUUUCAGCAGACAAGUAAUUCGAUGCUGAAACUUCUGCUAGAACUGUUACCAGAAAGAAAAGCACCCAAGACCACUGCAUUUAAAUUUCGUACUAAGACUAGGUCCCAGUUCAGACACAACCAGGACACUACCUACUGUUCAAAGAACAAUGUCACGCUUCAGGACGUAUUUUUUCAUAUUGAGAACAUACGAUGUGAUAGUGGUCUUGCUAAUCAGAACUCUUUGCAGUCGCACUUUUUGGGGACCAACGUCAACAACUUCAAUAAUGGCGAAGUCUGGGACAACACCACGAAAAAACGUGAUCAGAUUAAAAGCAAAC